GAGGGCAGUGUGAACAUUUCGUACUAAAACAAGAGACGAGAAAGAGUUUGCGCGCAUGCGCGUGUUAAAUACACGUCAGCCCUUUUAAUAAAGCCGAAGAGCUACGUGGCUGCGAUCCUCUACUCUCCUCAUCAAACACGAAAACAAACGAGCUAACAUGGAUCAAGUAAUGCAGUUUGUUGAGCCCAGUCGGCAAUUCGUCAAAGACUCGAUAAGGCUGGUAAAGAGAUGCACAAAACCCGACAGGAAAGAAUUCCAGAAAAUUGCAAUGGCCACAGCGAUUGGAUUCGCUAUCAUGGGUUUCAUUGGGUUCUUCGUUAAGCUGAUCCAUAUCCCCAUCAACAACAUCAUUGUUGGUGGUUAAAUGGCCUUAACAUCUGGAUCCAGGAGACUGAAGGGAUGACAUUUUCUGUUGACAUUUCUUUCAUUUUGUAAAUACAACAAAUAGGGGCGCAAGAUGAGUGUUUGUUUUUCCCUCAUCUGACCAAUAAACUCUUGCAAAUUCCUCA